CACUAGCUAUUUUUAUCUAUUAUAUCACAUUCUCCUUCCAUGGCAACACCUUCCGACAUUCCUCUAACAUUUACUGUUCGGACAUGUAAACCCGAACUUGUAGCUCCGGCUAAGCCUACACCACUUGAACAAAAACCGUUAUCGGAUAUCGAUGAUCAAGCGAGUUUCCGGUUUCAAAUUCCGUUAAUCCAUUUUUAUCGACCCCAGCCUUCCAUGGAAGGGAAGAAUCCUGCUGAGGUUAUUAAGGCUGCACUAGCACAAACCCUAGUCUUAUAUUAUCCAUUUGCAGGUAGACUAAGGGAAGGGGCUAAUGGUAAGCUUAUUGUGGACUGCAAUGGUGAAGGAGUGAUGUUUAUAAAGGCCGACGCUGAUGUUACUCUUCAACACUUUGGUGAUGAACUUCAGCCACCAUUUCCUUGCUUUGAUCAACUCCUUUUUGACGUUCCUGGCUCUGAAGGGAUGAUAAAUUGCCCAUUGUUGUUGAUUCAGGUAACACGACUGAAAUGCGGUGGUUUUAUUUUCGCCACCCGUCUGAAUCACGUCAUGACCGAUGGUCCCGGUCUAAAACAAUCCAUGUUUGCCGUGACAGCAAUGGCACGAGGCGAAGCCACUCAAUUGAUCCAGCCGGUUUGGGAAAGACAUCUCUUAGAUGCCCCAGAUCCACCACGAGUUACAUUCAAGCACCACGAGUAUGACGAAGUGGAAGUUUCCACCGCCACUACCUGGCCAUCGGACAACUUAGUUCAACGUUCCUUCUUCUUUGGCCAUGCUGAAAUUUCACUUCUUCGUAGGCUUCUCCCUCCCCACCUUCGCCGUUGCACUAAGUUCGAACUUUUAACAGCCUUCUUAUGGCGCUGUCGAACCCUUGCCAUAAAUAUUGACCCCAACGAAGAGGUACGGAUGAUGUGCGUCGUUAAUGCACGUUUCAAAUUCAAUCCACCAAUAUUGCCACCGGGAUACUAUGGGAACGCUUUUGUGUUGUCGGCAGCAAUAACAAGAGUUAAAAAACUUCGUGAGAAUCCAUUAGGGUAUGCGGUGGAAUUAGUAAAACAAGCGAAAGCAAGGUUGACAGAGGAAUAUAUGAAAUCUGUGGCAGCUUUAAUGGUGAUUCGGGGUAAACAACUCCUUUUCCCGAAUGUUAUGGGUUCAUACAUUAUAUCGGAUCUAACCCAUUCUGGUCUGGAAGAUGUGGAUUUCGGAUGGGGUAAGCCAGUAUUUGGUGGGGUAGCGAAAGCGGUAGGGGUGAUAAGCUUUUUCACACCAAGAAAGACCAAGAAAGGUGAAGCUGGAACAUUGGUGCCGAUAUGUUUGCCAGCUCCAGCCAUGGAAAGGUUUGCGGAGGAAUUGGACAACAUGUUGAAACAGCAGCCAAUGGAGGAUAAGAAGAGUCAAUCAAAGCUAACUUCUGCUUUGUAAAAGAAAUUAUCAUUUGAGGGA